CGCCGCCGUCAUCGUCGCCGCCGCUGCCGCUGUCGCCGCCCCCGCCGGUCGCCAAGCUGACAGUCAGUCCCAUCAAGAUAGUGGGCAACAACGUGAAGAAGUGCGCCGCGCCGCCACCGGCCGGCACCAAGCCCAAGCUGCAGAAGAUCAAGAUCAGCUGCGGCGCGAUCGUGCCGUCGCCGGCGGCGCCCGCCGAGCCGGCCGGCGACGAGCGGCCGCCGACGGACCGGCGCACCGGGCUGCGCAAGCGGCGCCUGGCCGCCGGCUCGAUGGAGGACCUCUGGGACGAGUCGGUGCUGGUGGACGGCCACGGCGCCGCCGCCGGCGAGCCGGACGCCGCGCUGACGCCCGUGCUCAAGAUUUCGUUCGGCGGCCGUGGCGGCGCCGGCACCGUGCUUAAGAUCCCGGCCAAGUAUAAGGUGCAGGCGACAACGGCGGCCGGCGACUCGGAGCCCGAGCGGGGCGCGCUGCUGCCUGUCCGACCCACGGCCAGCGCCAAGGCGGCGCGCCGCGCGCUCAAGAAGGCUCGCAAGGACGUGCAGCGCAAGCUGGUGGGCUCGCCGCGAGCCUCGCCCGCCUACCCAUGGGGUGCGCGCUCGCCGGCCUGUCCGCGCCUCUCGCCCAGCUACCCGCAGAUGUCGCCGGCGUACUACCGCGUAGCCGGCGGCUCGCUGACGCUCUCGCCGGCGCACCAGAGCUCGCAGGCGCCCGGCCCGCUGCGCAAGAAGCGCCACAAACACAAGCUGAAGCACAAGCGCCGCCGGCGCGACGAGCGACGUUCCAGCGACGACGGGCCGCCGUCUGCGUCCGAGGUGGAGAUGAAGGAGCGCUGUCUCUCACAGAAGCUGUCCAUCUCGCUGCGUCGGGUGCGCGCCAGCGAGUACGCGGCCGACGGCGGGCCGCCGCCGCCGCCGGCGCCGCAGGUGCCGCCAUUCCCGGAGGCGAGCCCGCCGGAGCCGGCCGCCGGCUCGGCCGCCUUCUGCGCGCUGCACGACGGCCGCCUGCUCCGACUGCACGACGUUGUCUGGGGCAAGAUUCACGGCUUCCCCUGGUGGCCGGGCAAGGUGAUGUGCAUCAACGACGCGUCGCCGGCAUACCAAGAGGCGUACGUCUCCUGGUAUGGAUCGACCACCUCCUCGCUAAUGCCGUGCAGUCAACUGCUGCCAUUCCUAGAUACUUACGAGAGCCGGGUCAACCGGAAGCGACGCGGUCCGUACCGGGAGGCGAUCCGGCAGGCGACGCUGGAGGCGCAGAGGGCGCGACCGCCGCCGCCGCCGCCGCAGCCGCUGGCGCUGGCCGGCUCGCCGCGCGAGGUGGACGUGGCCUCCUAGAGCGUCGGCCGGCGACCGGACGGGCGCCGCCACCUAGCCGCACGUUGCCAAAGACGAGUGGCGCCGACUGCCGGGCUGCUGAGGGAGUGUGUCUUGGCGCUGCGCAGGGCUGGCGGCACUGUGAUGCUGACGACGCGCGCAGCGCCCCGGAGCUGCUGACGGGUCGGGCCGCCGCCGCCGCCGCCGCUGCCGCUGGCCGCCGCUGGCCGCGCGCCUCGGGCGGCCUCUAGUCCCGACUGGCCCCGCUCAGGGCGCCUCAUUCCGCCGUCAGAUGCCCACGCUUCGCCCGGCCGCUUGGGCCCCUGUUGUGUUUGCCAUCGUAUCUGUGUUGUCUGUCGGACCGUUGGCGCGCUCGGACGGCCGGCAGUCGCUGGAGACGAAGGCGGGGGCUGGGUACGUUCGCUCCUGCCAGCAGCAGGCUGCCACUCAGCUAAGCUGUGCAGUUGGAGCAGACCGUGCUUGGAUGCAAUUAUGUGGCUACUGGGUCGUGCACGAAUACAUUUAUAUCCAGGUCCAUAUGGAAC